GCAGCAGCAGUUCACUACGUGAUUUUCAUCUGCGAACAUUCAGGAUGUGAGUCUCCUGCGGAUCUGUCGAGGAAACGCAGCCGGCCUAAGUGCAUGAAGACUUCUAGGGCCAAAGAUGGAGGGCUGGCCAACGGUGGCCUGGGUCCUGCUCGUGACGAACAUCGCCGAUUGGCUGAAGACCGUCCAAACACGGGACUUCACCAUGAAAGACAUCGUCCUGCUGCAUCCGUCAACAACGCCUCACCCCGGCAGCUUCAAGUGCUUCACAUGUCGAGACGCUGCAGAUAACUACGAGUGUAACCGCUGGGCACCGGACGUCUACUGUCCCAGAGAUACCAGAUAUUGUUACACACUCCACAUGAUGGACGACAGAGGAGACAGUGUGUCUGUGUCCAAGCGCUGUGCGACCCUGGACGACUGUCUGUUCGCCGGCUGCGCCCACGUCACUUUUGACGGCCACCAGGUGUGUUCGUCCUGCUGUGAGGGCAACAUCUGCAACGUGCUGGUGCCGCGGAACGAGAGCGGCGCCGUCUUCUCCUCCACCUCCCCGCUGGCCAGCUCGAGCAGGAGGCAUGAUCCUGCGGCGCUGAGCUACAUCCUCAUCAUCCUCCUCAUCGUCGUCAGUAUCUUCUCAGUGUUUGAGAUGAAAACUGUGACACGUCAUUGAAGAUAGUUUUCUGGGAUAAAUGAGAAAUUUGCUGAAGGUGAAGAACAUUUUUUUAUUCUCAAUCUUGUGAUAUUGUUUAUUGUGUUAAUUGUUUCCUGCCCAGAUUGAUUCAAUUAAAAGGCGUCUGGCGGUUUAAGGUUGGCGUCCCAGAAAUGAGUAUUUGGGCCAGGCAUAAGAAAAUGAGAAGAGGAAUAUCUUUCAAAGAUGGAAAACUGACAGCAGCUCGUCAGUUGCACCUCUAACUGGAUUUGAUAAACCAAAGGUGUCGUAUUUGUUCUUGAAAUUUCAACUUAAAAAAAAAAAUUCUCAUUCCUGAGCAUUCCCUGCCAGACUUCUCUUCAGUCUCCUGCUUUUUUUCCUGAUUUAUUUAUGCUUAGUAACAAAGUUGUAACAGUAUUAAAAAGAACCAUGUUGUUUAACCA